UAUCGUUGGCGUAUCUAUUAUUGAUAUUAGUAAUGUUUGGCUUGAAGAAUCGAUCCUCUGUAGAUUAUGAAAGUCGAUGAUUAAUAAACGAUAAGUGAAAAUGAAAAUAAUGCAAAUAUAUUUGGAUGAAUUGAAAUUCGUAAACUAUAUUUCAAAUACAAUAAUACGUUAAUCUUGUAGUAAUUCAUGUGUGUAACUAAUUUUUUGAUUAAACUAUUUGUUUGCAUUUUAUAUAUUUGUUCUAGUAAAUAGAUGUUCAAUUUGCGGUAUUAGGUUAUAUAUAUAAAAUGUAUAUUUUUGAAAGAAGAUUAAGUUUAUUUAUGCUAGUACUAGCUUCAAUAAUAAGUGUAUUUGGACAGACAGACGAAUGUGCUGUACAAAUAAAAGCUGAGGAUAAUGUCUCUGAUAAUGAUAUAAAUGCUAUUCAAGAAGUUUUAGAACCAACGACAAAUGUGUCAUUAGAAAAUAGUUCUAUACUUAGUACAGCAAAAGUAAAUUGUUUAACUGAUAAGACUUAUGGAUCAGUGGAAUUAGUCAAUGCAACAAGAUUUAUGGAAUUGCUGAUCUUAGAACCUGGACCAUCGAAUCGAACUAGAAAUGACAAGGAUGGUAGACAACAACCAGGAACAUGCGUGCUAAUUUUGUUUUAUGCAAGAUGGUGUGUUUUCAGUAGUCAAGCAGCACCACAUUUCAAUGCAUUGCCAAGAUCAUUUCCUCACAUAAAAUGUAUAGCUAUAGAUGCAAUAAAACAUCAAAGCUUUAAUGCACAAUAUGGAAUAGUAGGAGUACCAACAUUGAUGCUAGUACAUAAUGGAAAACCCAUAGCUAAAUUUAAUGGCACUGUUUACACAUUGAAGUUAUUUGCAAAAUUUAUUACACAUCUUACUAUGUUUCAAACAAGUGGUUCUUUAUUUGUUACAUUUGCAGAUUUCAGUGGUCCAGUACCUAGCACACCUUCCAAUGAAACUGAUUAUUGUUUAGUACUAUCAUGGGUUUUCAUUGCUGCAUGUGCUUUAUAUUUCACAUCAAAAAGCAGAUGGUGGCAACAGUUCAUUGAAUUAGUUCAAAAUACAUGGAGAGAAAGUAAUGCACAGCACGAGCAUGUAGAUUAGAUUUUUUUGUAGAUAAAAUAAAUAUGUUCAUUCUACUAAAGAAGAUUAACUAAGAA